CUUUCUAUAACUUGACCUUUAUUUACGUCACAGUUGUUUACCGUAGUAUGCGAGAACUGUUCAAAGCGCUGUAUAGUUCUAAUUGUAUGAUUGCAAGAUGAAAAUGCUACCAAAGCAAUUCAGAGCCCAAGUCGGGAUCUCCCUAGCUCUGAUUUACACCCUAUGCAUUGUGCAUACAGUGCACGCACAAAAUGACAGCGACGUUGCUAUUGACCCUAGAAACAUCGAAUCGCUCUGCAUAAAACGCUGCCUUGCACUUCGGCAGCACUUGACAAGAUUUCGUCGAAGAAGAGUAGAGUUUGCGAAUGUAAUAGCAACGCGGAUCGCACGGUCAAAUUGCCAUCGAGAUUGCACCAAGGCCAGGUCCGCGAGAGAAGCAGCGUCAUCCCGAGCACCAAGAAAUGAAAGGAAAUCGAGGGCUGCGCCGACGAAAAAUUGUGGUAACCUUGACUCUGAUCUAUAUACCGGAGAGAUCCGUAAUUUGACCGUGGACUUCACACAAGAAAACAAUGGCUCCCUAGCGGCGGGCGUGUCGUGGGUGGCUCGCGUAUCGUGGGAUCUGCAAUACGCAAAUCUGAGUGCCGCCGAUGAGGAAAGAUGGCAGGGGUUUAUAGUGAGGUGGUUUCCUCCCCCACCGGACAGUGACGUUCAUAUUGGAGUACCAUUUUGUCAACGAACCGACAAGAAUCAAACGUGGAUCACAUUGGUAUCUGGGGAGGGAGGCUGGACAUACCCACAGGCAAUCCAAGUUUUAGUCCAGACAUAUCCGCUUUAUAACCUCCAAGCUCCGUCCAGUUUUUCUGAGUUUAAACCAAAUGUGACGGUAGGGUACUCCACAGCAAGAGCUGCAUCAACUAGCUCCAUGGGACCCACCCCAUCAAGCACUCAACAGAUUGUCAACAUCACAUCACGACACUUACCAUCAGCAUCUUCACCGUCUGACCCUCAGCAAAUGUCUAACACUACCACGCAAGAGUCGGACAACCCGCAACACGAGCUUGACGUGAUGACCACGGUGACGAUAUGUGUGGGGACAGCAGUGGGGAGUGCGCUUGUGUUUUGUCUACUAAGACGCAUUCACAGACACUAUCAGAUCUGUAGGAUGACACCUGCAGGAGACCCAAAUUACGAGUAUGACGCAUCAAUCAUCUACAGCAGUGGCGACCAGGAGUUCGUGUCGAACGAGCUCCUUCCUCUACUAGAGACGAAAUACAACCUCCGCUGCUUCAUCUACUAUAGAGACUGGACUAUUGGUGAGAAAAUCCACAAGAAUAUCGCAGACACCAUCUAUAAGAGCCGAUAUGUGAUCGCAGUGAUGUCUAAAAACUUCCUCAAGAGCAACUUUUGCCAUGCUGAGCUUUCCUUGGCCCUGGAGCGGGUCAUAAGUCAGAGGGAUUGUUGUCUGAAAGUGAUUAACUUGGAUGGCGUCAGUAAAGAAAGUCUACCCAAGGAACUACAAAACCGGACUUUUCUUGACAUGUCUCAGACAGAGGAGAGAAAAACUUGGGAGAGGAGGAUUGUCAGACAAAUCAGCAGGGAGGAGAAACCAGAGCAGAAGAAUCAAGGAAGACUCGAAGACGCAAAGCAUAACCCAUGUUGGUGUUGCGUCAGAGGAGAGGAUUAUGAGCUAAGGACAAACGGUUGUGCACGCCAUAAGAUAGUUGGUGGGAGCGUUAGUGGGAAAAGGAAUGAAGGGGUAGAAAGUAUAGUUUGAAUAGCUGACGUAACAUAAUUGGUGGUAAACAGAUUGGUUUUCAUAAGUCCGUACACAGAGACGUAGCAGGGGUGGGGCACUGGAGGCGUGACCAGAGGGGCGUGGCUGUGCCCCCUCCCCCAAUAUUUUUUUUUUUUUUUCUGUAUUUCCCUUCCCCCCCCCCCCCCCCCCCCAAUUCUAACGUGGCUUGCUCUGGUACAAAAACUGUUUUAGUAAAAGUGUAGAAGUCAAGCCAGAACAAAAAAUGAACAGAGAAAUAAUAGUUUAUUCAGGUACAGUAAUACGAGAAACAAAAUCCAACUUCUCUCGCUUUCAACAAAUCACAAGCGUAAGAGAUGUAGCUUGAGAUGUGUUGAAGUCAUUAUUCUGCGAGACAUGUUAGUUCCUUGUCGUAGAUAGUAGAUAGAAGGCGAAAGAACCGUCAUCCAGCACGCGGGCGGCCAAAAAUCCAAGAUGGCGCCCAAAACACUGGUAAGCGGGGUUUUCGUCGCGGAAACACCAACAAACGCCUAGCGGUGAAUAUAACAAAUAUGGGUAAUGUCGUCGGCGUUUGAUAUAACCCAGCCGAUGAAUAUAGCAAACAAUGGGAUGACGGUAGGUAGAUAUAGAUUUAGGUUGUAAAUAUAGUGCGAGAGCUGUGUGUGAGUUGGGGGGGGGGGGGGGCAUAUUUGGCGCCUAAAAUAGAACCAAGACAAGGAAAAGUUGUAAAUAUCCAUCCAGUUUAUGUACCAUACAUACUAUUACAUACAUACAUACUAUUUACAAUCUGAACUGGACAACUCGGAACAUAAUAUAUAUGUACAUUUAAACAAAUAUAUUAAUUAACUGAG